CUUCUGUCUUAUUUGCCCUUGCUGUUCAUUUUAUUUAUUCGCUACGAUAACGUAACCUGAGUGUGUGGCGGGCAAAGUCAAGGGGCUUUUUCGAGACAAAAGUUUUAUGUAUUUCGUACAGUAUAUUUCACCAUCCAAUCCUUUGUACUUUAACGUAGCUCGUUAUACAUUUACUAAAAUGAAACAUAAAUUUUACGAUAGAAGGCUCUGGAACGCGGUUCUGGUAGUUCAUUGCGUGCGAAUGAAGCUUGGUAACCCAUUUUAUGAUGUAGAACACGGGGAGGUUAUGGGGAAUUACCAUGUUUCCUGUAAGGGGAAAUAGGAAGAGUGAAGCUUUAUAAUGAGACGGAGGGCGCAACUUAGGUAUUGUGAGGGUACCGAAAGCGUAAUGCAUUUGAUUUAUACAAAUUUCUCAUAUUUGUUAAAUCGAUUUUUAAAUGAUGAAAAGGGUUAAGGCUACCACUCCAGAUAAACUGCGAUACACGCAAGAUUCAAUAAGUUCAAACUUCAAAAAUGGCGGAAGUAUCGACGAAGCCAUUAAUGACGUUGUUGCCGGGGUAUUAUCAGUUGAUGUUUUUCCGCGAAUGGAAGUUUACCGAUUCGAUGAUAAAUUUUGGUGCCGAAACAAUAGGAGACUGUACGUUAUGAAAGAGCUGCAAAGGCGGGGGCAUUUAGACAAAAUCGUUGUUCACUACGUCGGAGAAAAGCCACAUAAUAGAAGAUAUUUUACGACAAAAACAGCCGGCGAAAGUAUACGAGUUCGCAGAGGACGGUCAGGAAUUGUUAAUGUUCGAAGCGGAAGGUUCAGAACUCUCAAAGCAGACACAUUACUCUCUUCAUUUGCAUUCUUGACUCUUACAAAUGACGAAGCUGAUGACGAUAUUAUUUUAGACUGGUGAUGCGAAUCCUAUAAAAUUUCAAGACUUUUUAUGAAGUCGAUGGGCUUUUUAAUUGUUAUGAUGGGAAUCGGGGGGUUCGCAAAUGUUUGCACGAACUCGUUUUUGAAAUAUCGUGAUGAUCAGCGAACCCGUUCUUGUUUUAGCCGCUAGGCGACCGCAGCAAAUGAGUUACGUUCACCGUAGAAAUGCAUCAGAAUUUUGUAAAGCGUGCCAUGUGAUGGAAGAUUACCUGUUAAAAUACAACAAGUACUUGUCGUGAGUGAGUUCGACACGGAAAAGAAGUUGUUCUUAAUUUUUAAAUCCCACAUCGGAUUAUAUGGUACCAAUUACAACAUUAUAAUUCAUAUAUAUUGUAUAUUUUUUAUACGAUGUUAAAUUGAAUUCACCUUAUUUGUGGAAUGAGUUGGUUUUAUUGCAGGGGAGAUUUGUUUAUGACGUAACAUUAACAUCGCUAAUUCAUAGAACCUUGCACAAGGGAAUUGAAUUAUGAAAUACAUUUAAAUCCCUAAUACCAAUAAAAGUGACGAAACUAGUUAUGGGAUUCAGUGUCCUGGAAAUAUCAUGAUCAAAAUAUUCUUAAGUCCCAGACUUCGAAGCAUCAGACAUGUAUAUCGU